AUGUAUCCCACCCGCUCUGCUCCUCGUCCUCCUCGCGAGACCGCUUCUCUCCCACCCAACCACCCAUUUGCCACGAGCUUGAAGCCCUUUGGCUACCAUGCCAACAGCUCUACAUCCUCUCUCCACUCCUCCAGUUACCACCGCGCUGGUACAUACCCCUCAUCGCGAAGCCGCGCACCCACAAGCCAUGCUGCGUCGCUUGCCAGACCUCCUCCACCAUCGCGCAUUCCCCCUCCUUGUCGUGCGAUAGACGAUUUCGGUUGUUUCUCUCAACCACACGGUGCAUACCCAAGGUCUACCAAACCCACUACCGAGAGCAUCCCACGUACAUACACCACCCUCCCUGUCGAGCUCUCCCUCUUCGACCCUCGCCCGAGGCAGACCCUUUUGCAAGAUGUCGAGUUUAUUCUCGGCAAGAAGCUCCGUUUCCCCUUCAUGGAGAAGUGCACCUCAUCAGACAAGAAGGCGAAGAGCAAGGGCGAGAAGGGCAAGAAGGGCAGGGGCGUCCGGGAGGGGAACUGGAUAUAA